AUGAAUCAUUUUGUCCGUUUACUAUUACUUUUUACGCCAUCAUUAGCUGCACUUGGUUUACUUGGAAUAGCAUUCGCUACAAAUUGGUGGACAAUACCUUUAGAAAGAAAUAUUCCUACUGAAGAUUCUUUAAAACAAUCAUCGAACGAUGAACGAAUCUAUUCAACAUUGAUUCGUAUACCUCUUUCACGUGGUUUAUUAACUGAAUGUGUUGCAUAUCGAAAUGUAAAAGUAUUAAUAUCGAGUGCAUACGAUUUUCGACCUGAACUAUCUCGCGACCAAGCUGCUAAAUUAGCACAUGAAAAUUGUACAGUUAAUCAGUUUACUUGUGAAACUGGUUUUUCUAUUGUACGUCCAUUGACACGUUGUAUUGAUCGUCGACAAAAAUGUAAUCGUAUUGUUGAUUGUGAAGAUAAAAGUGAUGAAAUAUCUUGUGCUGAAAAUCCCAAUGCACAUAAUAAUGAAUUUUUCAAUUGUCCAACUGGUUAUAGUAAAUGUCAGGAUGGAAAAUCAUGUUAUCGAAAAGCUGAACAAACAUGUGACGGAGUUUUUAAUUGUAUGGACAAAUCUGAUGAGCAAAAUUGUAAUGAUGAAAAAUGUCAACAAAAUAAACAUGUUUAUUGUCCUCGAGAAGGCACAUGUGCACGAAAAGAAAACUCGAAACGAUGCGAUGGAAUCGUUGAUUGUGCUGAUAAUUCUGAUGAAGAAAAUUGUUCACAAUGUACUUCAGGAUCAUCAGGUUUUCCAUGUGAUUCAAAAUGCUUCCCUGUUGAAUCUAAAUGUGACGGUGUUGUUCACUGUUCGGAUCUUAGUGAUGAAAUUGAUUGUAAAGAAUAUACGACAACAUCAAAUUAUCAAAAGAAAAUCUAUGACAACAAUCAAUAUUGUAUGGAACAACGUUUCGAUCCGUUUCGAUUUACUCCACCAAAUGAUUCAUUGAUAGAAUCAUAUUCAAAUCCAACGAAACGUAUGUCAUAUGUUCAUUUAGAUUACUGGUUACAUCUGAUAGUUGUUUAUGGUAUUAUUGGUGGAUUAAUAUUUCUUUUAUUUGCUGUCUUAUCGUUGUUCUUCUUUGGCUGUUGUCGUCGUCAUUGUAUAUGUGUACCAUUUUAUUUCUACGGUUUUGGGAUGUUAUUAGCAUGGUUACUCAUAUCAAUAGCUUUAAUUUCGUUUGUAUUAAUAUGGUUAUUUCAAAAGCAAAAUAUAUUAGAUGAUGAAACAACUUUACCAUUGGAAAUAAUGAUACAUGAAAGAAAUCCAAUGCUAAGACAUGUUGAAUUUUUUGGCCUAAGUUUUUGGUUAGCAUGUGGAGCUGCAUUAGCAACAUUCAUUGGUUUAUUAUUAUCAUAUUGUGUUUGUUGUACACUUGGUUCGGCACGAGCCGAUGAUAAAGAAUAUGAAAUAAUGCAAAUGCAUAAUUAUUAG